CAAUCCAAUCCAAGCAGUUCAAAUGUGAUGGCAGACGCCAGUUACGCUGUUGGUGAAAGUUCUGAUACUGCGGUUUUGUCCAAGGUUUUUUCCGAAGUUUAUCACCUUCGAGCGCGUGAAAGCCGAGAAUUAUCGAGCUCAGGAUUUGUCGUUGUGAACUCCACGUCGAAUUUCUGGAUGGACGUUUUUAUUCGUUACUUUUUGUGCAACGAAAGCCCCGACCACCAUGACGAUCUUGUGUUCUUCGUCAAGAAAGCCACUCGCAAGUCUACUGCACGAUAUUUCCCGAGAGUUGAGGUGUUCUCCUGUUCUAGGUGCGAAGAUGUUACGGCGGAGCAAGAUACGAGCGUGCAAGUGUUCCGACGUGCCUCCAAGAAGCUUCCCAUUGCGGACCUGGAGAUGCACUGGGAGGAAACGGUCUACCUGAACCUGAUCAUGCAACAGCUGGAGUACACUUUGACUGGAGCGGUCUGCACGAGAACAAGCAGUCAGCAUCUCCAGGUUCUUCGCAGGAAGUCUCAGAGGGUGUACGCCUCUCCCAGUCGCCAUAGCAUGGAGGACAAAGGGGAGCUGGAGGAGAUGGCCUACCCCGACAUCUUCUUCGCCGUCGACAACUACGAAGAAGCCUUUCAGGGUCUGACCCUACGGCCGGGCGAGAUGCUGUGCGUGGAGCUGGCGGCCAGGGACCGCGAGUGUGGCCGGCUCCAGGGGCUACUCUUCCUAGGCUGCGUGCGCCAGGAGGCCCUCGGAAACGCACACCGGGCGAGGGGACCCCCCGGCCCCAACGGCUGCCACUACGUGGGGCUCCGGGGACCCAGGGGCAAGGGCCACGCCCAGGUGGCUCUCAGGAGGGGGCCCGCACCCGCGCAGGAGUGGCCCUUUCCGCCGUGGCGCAGGAGUUCGGAGCCCUCGACCGCGCUGCUGGCGCCGUGCUCGGGGACACUCCAGCGGUGCCGCUCGGAGCGACAGGGCAUCGACGUCUUCUCCGGGGACGAGCUGGAGGCGGACGACCCUCGGGACGCGCUGAGAGACGAGCCUACGAUAGCACCCAAGGGAGAGGGCCUGCUGGACGCCCUGCUCACCUUCGUGGCGCUCCCCUGGCACCACAUCGUCGCCGAUAUGCUGGACGUACGGCGCGAACCACUGCUCGCCUUUUAAGACUCACGGAGGGCGCCGCUACACCACCACCACGGUCUCGUUUCCACGGCAGCUGAAGAAGCAGCAGGGAUCCACCGCUCCGGAGGCUCGUCGGCGACUCGAGCGAGUCUCGGUUCCUCCCGCAUCUUUCCAAGCAGAGUUUUGCCGCUGGCGGCAGCUGCUAGGAUAUCGUGGGACCACCGUCGACGGGUUGACCCUGGACUGGAUGUAGGCCACGAAGUUCUCCAUGGACCACAUACAGUUCGCUUUGCUCAGAGUGUUGCUGUGUUUCUCUAAUGUGCUGGUGAUGCCCUCGUUUAUGCGCGCGCAAUGCAUAGCUGUGAAAGUGUCUGGCACCAUCCUUUGAAGACUAUUCGUAGGUUUAAGCACCGUUUACAAUCGGUGACGGCCUGGGGCACAAGUUUUUUGCCUUUUAUGAUGCUUCGUUGCACGUGCAGCGGAAGAUUGACGGAAGGCACUGAGCAUGCGCAGGAGGCAGAGCUUUGACUGGAGGCUUGACCCGUCGCAGACUCUUGUCUCGAACAGGUGGUGGCAUUGCCGAGAUCCUUGAGGCUCUACGACACUCGAGCACGAUUAACCAUUCGACGGUCGUCGCCGUACACGUGCGAGCUUAAAUGCGAAACUGCGUGCACUGCGGGAGAUGUCGCCCUUUGUCGUGUCUUUGGCAAACUAUAAAGGUCACAUUCGCACAUUGUUUUGCAUUGCCGGGCUAUCUAUAGUUUUCAGAUUGGACACGUCGCGCACGUGAGGCUCUUUUCGCAUAUCGGCCGCUUUGGCGGUAUGCGAUGGGAGCGCCGUCUCUUUCGGUUCAGACUUCCGACGCUUUUUGGAAUUAAAUUCGGAGGAUGAGAGCUCGUCAUCCGACGGAGAAGUUCUGUAACAUAUACCUCCGGUUAGGAAUCUGAAGCUGCCGGACUGUUGCGGGAGCGAAUGCAUCACAAUGAAAUUGAACGGAAGAAAGGUGAGCACUUUUUGCCUUCAAUAUUUUUUAACUUGAUUCUUUUAAACCUAAACAGCUUGCAAGCACGUACGUGCUUCCGCUGGGUAAUUAAGAAAAGACCUGUUCGUCGACCUUUUCUUUAUACCGUACCCUUGCAAACAAAGCCAGACCACUGGGAAACAUCUUCCGGGGAAAAACUCCCGACCGUCUAUGGGUUAAUCUGAGCGGUGUUGUAGGGAGUAUGGCAAGUCACAGGCAUGCUACCAUACUUGUGGUUUGGAGCGAGUCAUUCUGGUUGUGUUUUGUGUUAUAGUGUGGUGAAAAAUAUUGCACAGGUCAUUAAAUGGACACGUAACUAGUCUCUCAAAACAGUUAUUUUGAGUAAAUGCUGUGCAAGUCAUCAGUGGACUUUUGUAAGUCUAAUAAUUUCUUUAAAAAGAAAAGGAAAGGUAGUGUUUCUUCCAUGAUUCUAAGGUUGUUCUUUUUGUGUCUUUUUGCUUCUUUGUUUGUUCGUCUGCGUACUUGACGUUGGGGAAAGUCUCGGAGCGCUUGUUGAAUUUUAAUUUGAAAUAAACGAGUUCAACGUUUC